GAGCGUGUCGUCACAUCCCGUCCGGACCGGAAGCGCGGCUCCAGUGUUGUUUUGGCAUCCCUGAGGGAAGGAAGGAAGGGAGGAUGCUGUCUGUUCCAGGCUCCGGCCCGCCUCCGGGCUUCGGUUCGGGGGAAGGCGGCAGCGGCGGCGGGGCGGGGGGAGACUUCUUGUCUCGCUACCGGGCGGUGUCGGCCAAGCUUCGCCGCCGCUUCCUCCGCAAGCCCAACGUGUCUGAGGCGGCGGAGCAGUUCUGGGCCUUGGCUCGGGAGCUGCGCGCCCAGGAGAGCCUCCCUCACGCGGCCUGGUGCCAGCUGGCGGUGGCGCGCUGCUCGCAGAGCCUGGGCCACGCGCCGGGGGAGGCGGCGGCGCUGACGGAGGCGGCCCGGCUGUGGCUGCGGCACGAGAGGGAGCUGCGCCUCCGCCAAGGCGGGCCUGCCUCCUCCGCGCUGGGCCUGGCCGAGCACCACCUCCCGGCCGCCCAGAGCUGCCUCGCCUUCGCCGCCCGACUCCGCCUCGACCUCGGGCAGCCCGCCCUGGCCGCCGGGCUGUGGCUCGAGCUGGGCGAGGAGCUGCGCGGCGCCGGGGAGGCCGCCCAAGCCGUGGCCGCCUUCCUCCGCGCGGGGGAGCUCCUGGUCUUGGCCCAGCUGCCCCUGGAGGCGCUGCGGGCACACAGCCAGGCCGCCUCCUGCCUCCUCCUCUGCGGGGACCACGAUGGCGCUCUCGCCUUGCUCACUAAGGCCCAAGGGCAGACCCAAGGCGCCUCUGCUGCUUCUCCUGCUUCCGUUCAUCAACUCCCAGGCGCCUUCUUGGACGAGCUGCUCCGCUGCGAAGUCACCCGCGUCCUCCUCCUGCUCUUGCUCCAGCCCCCACCUUCCAAGCUGCUCCCCGAGCAUGCCCAGACCCUGGAGAAGUACUCCUGGGAGGCUCUGGAUGCCUCGCCCAGCUACAUCCCCGCCGAACUCUACCUGCUGCUCCAGUCUACCGUCAUGGCCUGCCAGGAGAAGGACCUGGAGGCCCUCAAAGCCCUGCAGAAGGAGCUCUGGCCGCUCCUCAGCCCUGAACAGAACCACCUCCUCCAUUUGGUCCUCCAGGAGAUGAUCCGGCCUUCAGGGCAGGGCUUCUAGGCCUGGAUCUAGAGCGGUGUCUUCAGACUGCAGGGUGGGAAUGCCUGAGCCCAAGAGCAGAAAGAACGGUGGCUGCAGCAGGUGGCAUCCCCGCAUCCUAGAAAACGGGUCCUCAAAGGGAGAUGAGGAAAAGAAUGAGCACUCACAGGGGAUAAUGGAAGUGUGAGUCCCCACACAUCUGGACAGGACUGGGUUGUGUGUUUCCACUGGA